AAUACCGUUGUCAACAAUUGCCUGUUUGGCGAUUCCCUUUGUGCAUAUUGGGAUGGUGUACGGACACACGACUCAACGUUGUCCGUCUUUCCAGCACCAAUUGGCGCAAAUCAUCUGUCAAAUCGUCGUUCCGGGACGGUAAUGGCGACGUGAUGCCAGAGGAAACAUUAUUUCUCCUAUCAUUGGCAACCAUCACACGUGUUGCGGAUGGGAUGGGAUGGGAUGGGAUGGGAUCAUUACCUUAUUUCUCCCAUGUUCCCGUAUUUGACGCCCCCGUUUCCUCAACCCCCCUUGGCCGCCUAGUGGGGGAGCAUGUCACAGUCGGAGCUGAUGGAGCAUCAAAGGCAACACAACCACACAACCCCACACAGGGCUAUGUCUUCUUCUGUGACUGGCAGGCAUGGCAGGCCAGUUCGUAUGCACGGAGCGCUCGUUUACGAGCACAACGGCAGCAAUCGAUUCCAGGGCUUUGUGUUCCGUAUACCUAGGUAGUGCGCGUCGAGCCAUCAUAGCACAGCUUCGGCGGCGCCUUCAUCGUUUGAGGAAGCCACGAACUAUGAUAAACCGCCCGAGGGAGGGGUUUUUUCGAGGCUUGCUACCGCUUACAACGGAACAAAGAGAGUACCACGCGGCAUAACUCUAAAGUCUGU